GGGUUCAAUGUUUUGUUUUAUUAUCACGUAGCCAAUAGCUAGCUAGCUUGUGGCGACACCAGAACUGUCCCAAGCAACAGAGGCACGACUGUCACCCAUCACUUUCCUGCAAAAAACAGCCUUUUAUGUGUCUUUUUGAUAUUACGCAACUAGUUGGCUUAUUUGUUGUGAUACAUUCUUCGGUGAGCUAAAUGCAGAGCUAGCCACCGCAGUACCCCGUUAGAUGUUGAUGGAAGGGGUGGGAAUUAAAAAAAAGCACAAUCUGUCAUUAUGAAAGUAUAACAAGAGCAAAUUAGUUAAUACAUUGUUGUUACGGGCCUUAUAUUGACAUAGCAGUUACCAUGCUAACUGUAGCCAUAAACCGGAGUUGUGGUGAGGGGGAUUAGCCAUCAGAAGGCCCCUGUCAUUUUAACGCCCCUUGAUGGUGGGAGCCAUCAGGCAUGUGUGCGUGUGUUGUCACUUCCUAUUGGCAUGCUACAAGUCUCCAGACACCUCAUCAUCUCUCAAUCUGGACAGCACUGAUCAAAUCUGCAGCUAGAAACCACAAAACCAUGUGUAAUUGUCUUGAAUAGCUAUUCAAACUCAACUAGAAUGGGAGGGUGUGCUUUGCUUCUGCCCCCACCCCAGGGGCUGCAUUGCCACAUUUUAUUCUUGGCUGCAUAAACAAAGCCUUCCAGCUGCACUGCACAGUUGUUACCAAAUAUGGAAAAGAAAUGACAAAUGCACGCGUUCUCGUUCACAAAAAGUGGCACCAGACAACUCUUCAAAUGUCAUCUUCAAAUGUAUGACCUGCAGCUUCUAUUUAAUGGCGUGGUUUAGGGUCCAUCAUGGUUUACAGACCUUGUCAUUGACUGGAGCAGCUUGUCAUCAGACCUCCGUCAGGGGAUAAAGGGGUAUUACAAGCUUUGAACGGUUUGACGUAAUGUGACCCAGGCCGGUGUUAACGUACUUGUAUGCUCCCAUGUUGUCAUCACUGAACAUCUACUGUAGAGUAAAUCAUCAGUGUUUCCCUGUUUUCCUUAUGCAUGCUUCUAAAAAGUGUAUUUUGAGUGGCUAAAGUUAGACCACUUGUGCACCGGAGUUGAACAGUGCCAGUUGGGGAAUAUAAAUAAUAGUAGCCUACAAGAAGUCAUUUGCCGUUGUCAUCUUGGGAACAAAAAAACACACAAGUCUUCAUCUUCCAUGUCCGAAUUGAACAGCUUCAUAAUAUCAAGACACUCAUGUCAACAUCCAGGCACCACACCUACAUUCCAGUAUAGAAGGUGGCGGCAUGCACCUUUUUGUUGGUUUUGACCCGCCGCAAACAUGAAGAAUGUCAACAGAUAGAUGUGUCCCUAUGGAGCUACUAAUUGAGAUGGACAGGUAUUUUAUUCAUCUACAAGAAAACAACGCGGCAUUUUACAUUUUGUUUUAUAUUUUACAUGUAUAUUUAAUUUAUCUCUUUUUGUUCAUUUAUGUCAGCGGGUAUGAUUUGUUUGGCCAUAGCACUACGUACAUCACUUAUGAAAUAGCUGGAUAUUGCAUAAUAUUUCUGAUGGAUUUAUCCUCUGGACGUCAUAAGAACGACUGUACAGUGGCACCUUUGUGGCCUCCUUUGAGUCAUCAUAGUGCCUGGAUUCUCCUGGGUCCAGGUAUGUCUGUGAUUUCAUAUUCAUUUAUUCAUUUUCUACCGCUUAGCCUCACAUUUUUUCAUUAAUUUUAACAUAUUUGCAAUCUUGGCGGUAUGUGUUAAUUGAAUAAUUCUAAGUCGCACAAUGUUUUACAUUAUUUUACACAUAAAUUGUGAUUGUCGCCCAUUCAAUUGUUAAUAGUAAACGUCGUGAAUGGGGGCUUCAUAACAUGUUUUGGUUGUUUUCUGUACUUUUUUGCUCCCUCAUGGAGCGUUUUCCAAAAUACAUAUUUAAAACGAUUAAUUCUGAAGUAUAGAAGACGUCAAGCUUUGUAUAACCCGCUGGGUUCAAAGCGUUAGAAAAAGUGGUGGCUUAUAGCACCUGAAUAAAGUUGAAACAUUACAAAAAAAAAGGGAAACGUUAAAAGGUUGACAAAAAAUUAAAGUUGUAAUAACCUGGAUAAAGGUGGAACAUAAUAUUACCCGAAAAAGGUGAAAUGUGCAAAGAAAUUAUAAAUAAAAUUGAAUGUUAUCAGAAUGGGAGAAGCCCAGUUUCACGCCAAAUUACUUUCUUUUUUCCCAAUAUUUCAAUUCUUCUUUCUAGUAUUAUUACUUUUGUCAUCACAAUAUUCUUGUAAUUUUAAUACUUUGCUCUUGUUCUAUUUUAACCAAUAUAUGACUAUUAGCUAUAUAAAUUCUAAUAUUACAAUUUUUUGGCUAUUUUUCUCUCCCAUGCAAUUAACAUGUUCACAAAAAAAUCUGCAACUCCAACCACUUCUGCUUGAUGUUUGUGUCUAACAAAUAUAUUGAGCCGGUGUUAGAAAAAACUUAACUGAAACCGAAUGCGCAGACCUCAUUAUCUGAAACAUUGGCAUAGUUCAACAAGAUAAAACAACAUCCUAAAAACAUUUCUAGUUCAGAAAAGUGGAAAAAGGUUUCUGGGUUAUACACUAAAAUGUGAUUAUUAUGUGGUAGCCUACUCGGGUCAUUCAGAGGUCAAGAAGUAAACUUCCCUCCUUCAAUUAAAUAGUCAGCUCACUUAUUCUGCAGAGCAAACCUUGCUGACAAAGAAUAUGGUGAAAAAAUAGAAAGACGAAGCGUACUAUGAAAGACCAUGCAUGCACCAGAAGUCGCAUUAAUGGUAAAAGUAUGUUAUUAUUAUUGGUUAUAAUUUGGUUACUUGGUUCAUGGAAAUGCAUUUUAAAAUAUGUGGCUACCGACCCCUGCUUGACAAUGCCUAAAAACUUCCCCAUUCUGAGUACUUGUUUUUUUAAUAAAACAACAUGACUCAUAUUUGCCUUGUCUGAACUCAUUUUGUGGGGAAAAAAAUAUCAGGAUAUACAGUAUAUUGUUUAUCGCUAUUCAAGCUAAAUAUAUUGGGAUAUAAGUUUUGGUCCGUAUUGCCCGGCCCGACUAUAUUCAACUUGUUAAAAAGCCAGGACUGUUAAACCUGUUAAAGGUGACACGGUGGCCCAGUUGCAGAUUCGUUUCUGUGUGUGCGAGUGAGUGGAGCAACUCUGAUGAGGCAACCUGGUUACCUACAUUGCUGAAUACACACAAGAUUACCUGUGUUUACACUACUAAGACGUCUGCCUACGUGGAUGGAUCGCUGACAGUCACAGCAGAUUAGCAUCCUUUGUGAGUGGGUGUGUGUGGACAAUUUCAACAAUGAAUGAAUGAAUGAACAAAUUAAUUUGCUGCAGUUUGAAGAUUGUCUUCAUGUUUGUCUUCUCCUUUGGUCAACUGCAAUAUAUAUAUAUAUAUAUAUAUAUAUAUAUUUUUUUUUUUUUUUUUACACAACUAUUAUGCUUUUUCCACUUUUCUGACUUAUAAAUGAAGUUAAAAUGUUGUAUUCUCGUGUUAAAGUUAAGAAUUUUGGGAUGGCUCAAAACAAUCGGUUUGAAAAGGCGUGGUAAAACUGUUCCUUUGUGAUGUCACAGAGGGAUGGACUUCCUUAUAUGGUUCAUAGUUAGGAAGGUGUGACCAAUCACAGUAGAGUGGGCAUGCCUGGAGGCGGGCCGUGGGUGGAAUAAAUUACAACAUUUCUGUCCCCGAGUGGAGGCACGACAGAAAAUAGCUGAGAACUGUUGAUGUAAAUGAAGCUGCUAGAAAAUAACUGUUGCACAAAUUGCAUCAUUUCCCGUUGAUUUAAUAAUGCAAGUCAAACAAUUUUAAUUUAAGCUUAUGUAUUUGCCAAAAGAACUGAACUUUGGGCCUUUAUGUCCACAUCAGAAGGAUAAUACAUUUAGAGCUAGGUCAGUUUUCAUUCUGUAUUGAGUUCUGAUACCAACAUAAUCCGUGUGUCAGAAAUCUGAUCUGAUUGUUCAGGUGUACCUAAUGUUUUGUCUUGUGAGUGUAUAUUUCAACAACAUUGCACAUUAAAAUGUAAACAAGGUCCAUUAUCAGCAUUACUAUUUAAAUUCAGAAGCUAAUAUAAACUGUGUAUGAGGUUUUUUCCUUAUCAUUUCCUUUCAAUCUAAUGUAAUACACACCACUGAUAUUGUCAAAGCUGCCCGCAAAUUCCUUCCUGCAGUCAUGUUUAUUGUUGUUUUGUCUACAUCAACGCUUGUCUUUUUCUCUCUCUUUCUGUCUUCUCUUUUUCCGUCCGUAUCAUCCCAUCCGUGUGGGUGGUUGUUCCUGCAAAAAAAAACGUGGUGAUCAAUAGAGACGUUUGGUAUGCACAUUCCUGCAACAGCAACAACAAAAAGAUGAGAUGGCAAAAUUUGGUGCCUGGUCUCAUUGUGCAAAAAGCUUCUCAAUGUGCUUGCUGUUAUUGUGUGCUUUGAUAAUAAGUGUGUGCUUUUUGUUUUUGUUGUAUGUUCUCUCAAUCUGGAUAUCUGCUGUGUUUGCCAUACAUCGUGAAAGAGUUUCUAGCCAAAGCCAAAGAAGAUUUCUUGCGGAAAUGGGAAUGCCCGCCACAGAGCACGACGUGCCUCGAUGACUUUGACAGAUUAAAGACGCUGGGGACCGGCUCAUUUGGGAGAGUCAUGCUGGUGAAACACAAAGGAACAGAGCAGUACUUUGCCAUGAAAAUACUGGACAAGCAGAAGGUGGUGAAACUUAAACAAAUAGAACACACAUUGAACGAGAAGAGGAUAUUACAAGCUGUCAGCUUCCCCUUCCUUGUUAAACUUGAGUACUCAUUUAAGGACAACUCCAAUUUGUACAUGGUAAUGGAGUAUGUUCCAGGAGGAGAGAUGUUUUCACACUUAAGACGGAUUGGAAGGUUCAGCGAACCACACGCACGCUUUUACGCCGCCCAGAUAGUGCUGACAUUUGAGUACCUCCAUUCACUAGAUCUCAUCUACAGAGAUCUGAAACCUGAGAACCUUCUCAUCGACCACCACGGCUACAUUCAGGUGACAGACUUUGGGUUUGCCAAGCGGGUAAAAGGCAGAACUUGGACGUUGUGCGGCACACCGGAGUACCUGGCCCCAGAAAUUAUUCUCAGCAAAGGCUACAACAAAGCUGUGGACUGGUGGGCCCUCGGCGUCCUUAUUUAUGAAAUGGCAGCUGGUUACCCUCCAUUCUUCGCCGACCAGCCCAUUCAGAUCUACGAGAAGAUCGUGUCCGGCAAGGUGCGCUUCCCCUCCCAUUUCAGCUCAGACCUGAAGGAUCUGCUGAGGAACUUGCUGCAGGUGGACCUGACCAAACGCUUCGGCAACCUGAAGAAUGGCGUAAACGACAUCAAGGGACACAAAUGGUUCGCCACAACAGACUGGAUCGCAGUCUACGAGAGGAAGGUGGAGGCUCCUUUCAUACCGAAGUGCAGAGGCCCCGGCGACACCAGCAACUUCGACGACUACGAUGAGGAGGACAUCCGCGUUUCCGUAACGGAAAAAUGCGUGAAGGAGUUUGCGGAGUUUUAAGACAGACGGCUUUGUCAGGGGAUGAUAUAAGGGGGAUCUUUGCACUCUUCUAAAGACUUGGAAUGGAGACUUGGAGACCAUGUUUUCCUCCACCUUCCUCCCCUCUUCUUGUUUCCCUUUCUCAGCUCUAUGACACGAUCUUUCACACAGCUCAAUGAGUUUGCCAUGAUCCUUUGGUGCCGAUAACCUCUCACUGUCACCAACACCUGCAUAUUAAAGCAGACGCACCACUUUUCUUUUUUAACCCAUCUACUGUUUAUUUUGUACUUUUUGAAGGUCUUGGAUGUUGUCCUGCCCUUUUAAACCACGAAGGACAAAGCAAUGGUUCCACUUCCAUGUUACAUGGGGUCCUGUUACGUUCAUGGCCGGUAGCUUCUCGUCCCGUGUGUGCAUAUCUGUCCGUUUUGUAAGAUGUUUGAACACUCUUGAGUGUUUUAAGAGCAUGACUGAAUAGCAAAACUUUGGGCGACACAAGAAGAAGGAGACGUUCCUUCUCCCUUUCUCUGCUUUUGCCUUAGAGAGCCCAGCGAAAGCGUUGAUCCUCCUCGGUAUUCCGACCCAGGCCUACAGCAAGCCAUCGCUGAGAAUAACCAACCUUGUUACAUUAGAGUAUAACGCUAUUGACUUGUUUGAUCCUUUUGGGGUCUUAUAGUUACGUAUGCCAUUUGUUACUCUUUUUUUUGUCAGUGUCUGCUCUUUGUCAUAUUUUUUCAUAUGUUCUCCAAGAUUGCGCAUAAAGACCCCUUAUUACAAUACAAUGUGACUUCUGUAAAUUCAAAAUGAAGUGUAAAAGGUGAGAAAAGUCAAUGUGAAUAGCGUUGAAGCUCUACGCCUCAACAUGGUUAGUGAAACCUUUAAAAAAUAUAAUGUGCAGAAUCAUUUAUUGAUUUUGAGAAUUUAAUAAAACACAAAACUGCAGCUUUUUUUUGUUACCGCCAGUGAAUGUUUGGUUUCAUUUUUUUUUUCUUUCAAGGAAUGUGGAUUGCAAUUUAUAAGUGUGCAUAUUUGAUGGCGUGAAUAUCAAGGUACAGUUUUCUUCACAAAUACACUGGCUCAAGUAAAGAACUGCUCCUUUGUAACACCAUGUAUCCCUGUUACUGUUCAGCUCAUAUACGUAUAUGCAUUGUUUCAUAUGUUUUAUUUAUACACAUUAGAGAUGCUAAUAAAUUUUAUUUUUAAAAGUG